AUGAGAUGUACGCUAUUCGUUUGUACAUUCCACCUAUUUCUACGGUACGGUUGGGCGGAUCAUGAUGAAGGUACUAAACACGCCAUUCUUGAUGUCACCAAUACGGACUCCUCCUCCAUAGACACAUUCACAAGAAAUCCCUAUGGGAUGGUCGCAAAGAUACACAUUGCCAAAGAUGGUUAUAGGAUACUCUCAGUAUGGGAUGGGCAGGACAUACUCUGGAUCUCUGCCAAUGGCUAUCUUUGCGACCAUGUUUCAGUCGUUAUGUUCAGAGAGAAGAAUGGUUGUUCAACGUCAUUUGCGGCAAGACUAGUGGCUGUAUACGCCAGCAACAGUAACGACCUGAGUAAGAUAUUUUACUAUGAGAAUGUUGGAGGAUGGAAGAAGAUCACAGAAGAGAGAUUUUACAGGAGCUUUAGCCGUGAGGCUUCGAACCAAUCUCUACUAGGGACCAUAGUUUUAAACAUAAAUGGGACCAAUGAUCCAAGCAAACUCUAUAUGAACAGCUCACCAAACUUUCCCUUUUCUGUCUACGCGCCAAAUGUAGGUUAUGGCAUAACUUCAGUUCAAGCUGAGAGUGUUUUAUGGAUGGGCACUACUGAGCGAUGUCUCUACGCCUCCUCUUAUCCAAGGAAUAAUCCACAGGUCAUCUAUCUUAUAAUAUCUUCAGAGAAUGCAACAAAGGAACUCUUCUUUUGCAGGGUAAACAAUGAAUGGAUAUCCACUACAAAGAAUGAGUAUAGACUAGGCCUGGUGAAGGCUGGAUUUAAGGAAUAUGAAUUUAGUAAUGAGAUUACAGCAGAGAUUUCAAACUUACAGAGAGACACAUUUUACAUUAGGGACCUCGCAAUUGAAGGUCAUGCUGUGCGUUUUUGUAUGCCUUGCGUCGGCUUAAGACUACGGUCCGUUGUUGAUAAUGGAGAUGUCAUAUGGAAAGCCUCUGAAGAAAGCGAACGUUGCACUUACCUGAACCUGAUUCUUAGAGGAAGUGUACCAGUUGCUCUUUUCAUUUUUGUUGACGACACUGUAAACGCUCGUAAGAUUUUAUAUUUCAAGAAAGAUAUAGGUGGUUGGAAUCCCACUGAUAAAGAUGGCUACUAUUAUGCUCUUUCAGGACUGAAUCGUCCAAUAUACACCCACAAAGCUACUGGUGAAAUUAUCAUGAGCAGUUUUAAGAAUAGGCAAGGUCUACGGAUUGCAACAUAUGCCUCUAGAGUUAAGAAUGCCAAAGGUGAUGUCAUUCUUGUCCACGGAAUUCGCGGACACUUCAUGUCUGAAUUUUGUGCUUCGAGUACGGAGUGGAAUUAUAGACACUUUGGAUACGACCUCUCUCCAGCCGCUAAUCCUCUGGGUUAUUAUACAGCUCCUUUGGAGCCUCGUAAUGCGGAUAGGUAUAGGCACUUUUUCGAGCGCCUGGUUCUACAUGGGAAUCUCUUGGACGUUUCGCCCAGAUACGAAUAUGAAGGUAGCUUUGUAGAGGCUCUAAACAGAUUUGGCUACAAUGUCUAUGGAUUUGAUCAUCAGUCCCAUGGUCUUUCGGAGGCAAAUGGUGAGAAGGUAUACCAAGCUGAGAAUUUCAAACAUUACGUUUACGACACUCUCCAGUUUAUAAGUAUAGUGAAGAGAGGUAAAUUUGAUGACCCCUCUGAAAAGUGGGACAAGAGUAGCCUCUACGAGAACAUUCCCACGGAUAGAAGGACAUUCUUGCUAGGAUUUUCAAUGGGAGGAAACAUUGUUUUUCGGGCUGUGCAAGAGUUUCACGGUAAUGCUGAGAAGGGAGCCAAAUUCCUGGACGGUAUCAUCGUCACCUCUGGAAUGUUCAACGUUAGUCACUACCUGAACACUUUGCCUAAGAAACUAGCAAGGCCAUUUCUUGGACUCGUUUCGUCUGUUAUACUAGAUAAUAUUAAUCCAAAGGAAAGUUUUUUGGGUUGUGGACGAGUUUUUGACUUGUUUGCUAGACAUCAUGACCCAUUUCUAGGGAGCAAAAAACUGACGUUAAAGACAACCAAGCAAAUAUUUGACGCUUGUGACGAUGUAAAGGAGUCUGAGAACAUGGUAAACUACCCUAGGAACCUACCAACACUUUUUAUUCAUACUACAGACGAUUACAUUUGUGGGAUAAGUGGACCAAUUGAAAUACUUGAGCGCAUAGCUAGCUCUGAAUACACAAAACUUAUAGAACUGAGUGGCUCACUUCACUAUAUUACAGCCGCUCAGCCUUUAUUUCUCAUUAAACCGCACAUUAAGGAAUGGCUAGAGCAAUACACAUAA